AAACGAGUCGAUGUCAAGCUCCAUGUUUUCAAAGAGCUAUUGAAGGCGUCUGGUGGGAUGCUUUGAUGAGGCCCAGUUGCAUGUGAAAAGCAUUAUCCAUUCAGUCGUGCCUACCUACAUGCCACGUGCUGCUGGCUCUUAGCGUCAUGGCCAUCUUGCGCUUGUUCAGACGUCAGUAACCAUCCUCCGACAACGACACCUUCCUCAAGCAUCGAACAACCAUUUCUGCGCUUCCUCCGACGCUGAAGAUCACCGGCAUCUGCGUUGCGAUAAUGACCAUCGUGGACUGGUGGAUGCUUCCGAGCUCACCGAAAUAACAAUGUCCAAAGUACGAGCAAUUCACCAUCACGAAUGCGACGUAGAGACACCCAUCGGCCCACGCCGCCUCAGUCUGUGCCCUGCUCAUUGAAAACGCAUCAUGUUGCUCUAACACAACCAUGUACAAGCCAAUCUCGAGGGCAUUCAAUUACAAUGUGUUGCCGUUCAUUGCAGUGCAAUACCUUGCGGGAUCAAAACUACUCUGAUGCAUUGCGAUAUUCCUACAGCUUUCAGGUAACGGUCGCGACCGGUGCUGUGACCCUUCUUCAUUUACUGAGUGCCACGUUUCUGCCACACUCUCAAAAGCCCGGAUGUCCUUUCAACCUGCUAUACCCAGCCUCUUCUCGCUUUCUCUACCUAUCACCUGAACCUGGUGGAGGCCACAACGACCGACAACUCUCGGCGCUAUGUUCUCUUCGGCUCAGCAUGCUUUCGCCUACGAUUGAUUCAUCUUCACCUCAUCGGCGCCACGUCAACCUUGCUAUUCGCUGCCUGUGCGCCAAGCCCACACGCUCUUUAGCAAGCAAUCGAAACUCGCCGUCACUUCGAGUCUUGCCACGACACCCCCACGACCACACACUCUUUUUUGACAACACUCCUUUGGGAAGCCUUAGGUUGGGACUACAUUCGAACGAAAACUAAACCUAGCGUACGAACGCAUCUGUUUUUCCAGUAAUCGCGACCAGCGCCUAUAUCAUUCUGCCAAAUUCGAGAUGCUGGACAUCAAAGC